GCCUCCCGGUGCCUUUUUACCGGAGCUGCCAGAUGAUUGGUGCGGAGUGGAGGGUCCCACGGGACGCUGAACACGUGGUCUCGGCUGCCACAAGACGUCAGCGGCAAAUGGCAUGGGUACCCGGUGUUGGCAUGAGUGUCAUUCCUCAAAGAGAGAGGAAAGGAAGGGGGAGAGCGGAUCGCAGCGAGGAGGAGAAAGGAGGGUUUGAGCUCUGGCUGGUUUAAUUGUGCAGUUUUGCAAAAAAAAAAAAGAGAAGAAGACGCUGCAGCGGAGAUUCAGAGGCGAUAAUUGGGACCAUGAGGACAAGUACAUGCUGACCAGAGGAGAUAUGUUGACGCUGCCAUUCGAGGAACCUCAUAUGAUGUGUGAGCCGCGCUUUGGUGCCAACUAUCCCCGCGAAAGCCUGCCUGACAGCCUGCAACAGCAGGAGCGACAACAGCGCCCCACAGCCAGAUCCGACCCGGAGAUGAUGAGGGAGGCCGAGGACGACCUUUCCGACAGGGAGGAAGACGAAAGAGAGGACGACCAGGACGAGAACGGGCUACAGAAGAAACGGGGGCCGCGGAAAAAGAGGCCCGGCAAGGAGCAGGUGGACAGGGCCAAACUCCGGCGCCAGGAAGCCAACGCCCGGGAGCGCAGCCGGAUGCACGGCUUGAACGCCGCGCUGGAGAGUCUGCGCAAAGUUGUGCCGUGCUACUCGAAAACUCAGAAACUGUCCAAGAUCGAGACGCUAAGACUGGCAAAAAAUUACAUCUGGGCCCUGUCAGAGACCCUGAGCGCGGGGAAGAGACCGGACCUUCUCGCUUUUGUGCAAACUUUGUGCAAAGGAUUAUCUCAGCCUACCACCAACUUGGUGGCGGGCUGUUUGCAGCUGAAUGCCAGAAAUUUUCUCACGGAUCACAACGGAGAGGUGAUGUUUUCUGGCAGGUCGCCUUACGAAGCUAUGUACUCCUACACCAGCUCGGACAUGAACUCGCCCCCGGGCCACAGCGGCGGCGCGCUGGACACCGGCUCCAAACCUUUCCGACACUACAGCUACAGCAGCGCCUACGAAACGUACUUCGAGAACCCGUCCCCGGACAGUGGGAGCCCGCAUUUUGACAGCCAGCUGAGCCCCCCGAUGAACUUCAAUGGAAUUUUUUCCCUAAAACACGACGACCCGCAAGAUUAUGGGAAAAGCAGCCACUAUGGUGUGCGCUACUGUGGCGCGCCAGGGCGCUCGGCCCUGGCACCUAACUCAAUGUACCGAGUCUCCCCAGAGGCCCGUUUCCCCUACGACCUGCACGUCCGCAGUCAGUCCUUCCAAACGCAGGGGGAAGUCAAUGGCUCUUACCACAAUUAAUUCAUCACAUGGGACAAAGUGCAAACUUUCAGAUGCAAAUUUCUCUGCACAAAAGUAAAAAGGAGAGAGAGAAAAAAAAAGAACUCAGAUGUUGAUGCACAUUUUGGGGUUUAAAGUUACUUCUUAACUGUAAAGGCAGCAGUUUGGAUGGUAUUUUGAUUUAUGUUCAAUGACUAUUAUCUUAAAUACUUUAGAUCCCGGUUUUUUAAAAGAGAGAGAGAGAGAGAA